GGCAGACGGCGGCUCGGGCACUGAGCAUGUCCGAACGCGCUCGGCAGCAGCGGCCGCCGCGCCGAGGCUCGCGGGGCGGGAAGGAGUGCGCGCGCCGGGGGGCCGCGUGAGGGCUGGCGCGUGCAGCAGCAGCAGCAGCAGCAACAGCAGCAACCGCCGCCGCCGCCUUGCAAGUCAACAGAAACAGCCUGUGCAGAGAAGUGAAUUCAUAAAUUUGAAUCACGCUUCCCCCCCAUCAUGUUUGGCACCAGGAGAUUAAAGAAAAAGUCACAGUCGGUGGACAUUAGUGGGCCAGGAUGCAACCCAGUGGCAGCUGAAGCUCAGACUCCUCAGCCCAGUAAAUCUUUGCUUGCCACUAAGGCAACAACUUCUGAGGAGGAACAGAACAACACCGCAAAUACCCAAAGGCGCAACCCACGGAGGAGUGAGUUGAAGAGAUAUUACACCAUCGACACUGGCCAGAAGAAGACCCCAGACAAGAAAGAUGGGCGACGAAUGUCUUUUCAAAAGCCUAAAGGGACUAUUGAAUAUUCUGUGGAAUCAAGAGAUACUUUAAACAGUAUUGCCUUGAAAUUUGAUACAACACCCAAUGAACUGGUUCAGUUAAAUAAGCUUUUCGCCAGAGCAGUCGUUCCUGGACAGAUUUUGUAUGUUCCUGACCCAGACUACAUUUCUAGUGUGGACAGCUCCCCCUCUCUAAGUCCUAUAAGUCCCCUAUCACCUACAUCUUCAGAAGCAGAGUUUGACAAGGCUACAAUAAAUGAUCCAGAUGGAGUGCAACGGAAGGAGUCAGCUGCUUCACCAGCACAUGCAUGUGUUCGUCCUACAAGAGUGGUAUCAUCCACCUCCGAAGAGGAAGAAGCAUUUACGGAGAAGUUUCUAAAAAUUAACUGCAAGUACAUCACCGAUGGCAAGGGUACAGUCAAUGGUGUGCUGCUAGUGACGCCAAAUAAUAUAAUGUUUGAUCCUCAUAAAAUGGAUCCUCUGGUCCAAGAGAACGGCUGUGAAGAGUAUGGCAUCAUGUGUCCCAUGGAAGAAGUGAUGUCAGCUGCUUUGUAUAAGGAAAUUGUGGACAGCAAAAUUAAGGAUUCAUUAAGCAUAGACAUAGAACAGCUGUCUGUAAGGGAACUUGGCCAUUCCAAGAAAGCUGCAAAGAGCAAUACAGAUGAAAUGGAUUCAAGGAUUCGGGAUACAGGCAAUGACAGUGCUAGCACUGCCCCAAAGAGUACAGAGGAGUCUCUUUCAGAAGACGUGUUCACAGAAUCAGAACUCUCUCCAAUACGUGAGGAACUUGUUUCCUCAGAUGAGCUUCGACAAGGCAAAUCUUCUGGAGCAUCAUCAGAAUCUGUCCAAACAAUAAACCAAACAAGUGCGGAAUGUUUAACAAUAAUUUCGGACUCGAAAGAAGCUGACAGUGACUUAAAACUCAGUGCUGAAAUGGUUGUAAAUGUUAAACAGUUUAGUACCCACAGUUUAGGUUCAGAAAGCACAGAGAUGGCUGUAAAGAGGGGACAAGAAUCUAGUGAAAAUACUGGGAAUGUUCUCCAGAAGUUGAGGCAAGACCCACAUGGUAGCAAAGAACAGAACAAAGAGGCAAAAAUGGACCAAGAUCAAGAUUCUACACAAGCAAAAGAGCCAGAAAUAGAGAGUAAGACAGAAGAAAGUCCACAUUGUGAAGAUACCACAGACUCUCCAAAGAAAGAGACUACUAGCAAAGGAAAAAUAGUGAAAGAGCGAACUCAAGACUCUGAAACAGAAGUUGAGGAACUUCGCAAACUCUGGAAGACCCAUACUAUGCAACAAACCAAACAACAAAGAGAAAACAUGCAGCAGGAUUCACAAAAAGAAAUCAGUCAGAAACCUGUGACUGCAGGAGAUGGGCAAUCAGAAGGUUCUUCCCAUAUGAAAGAAAAACGAAGACAUCGAUCUCACAAGUUUUUACUUCUCAAGGUUGGAAAACCUAUGAGAAAAACAUUUGUUUCACAAGCAAGUGCAUCAAUGCAACAGUAUGCUCAGAGAGAUAAAAAACACGAGUACUGGUUUGCUGUUCCACAAGAAAGGACAGAUCACUUGUAUGUCUUCUUUAUCCAGUGGAGUCCAGAGCUAUAUGCAGAGGAUACUGGGGAGUCUCUUCGAGAGCCUGGAUUUAUAGUGGUAAAAAAGAAGGAAGAGCCUGAAACUAGUGAAGAAUCUACUACUGAAGAUGCUGCUAAAGAGUGGGAGGUAGUGUCAGUGGCUGAGUAUCACCGCAGGAUCGAUGCUCUAAAUAGCGAAGAACUGCGCACACUCUGCAGACGUCUCCAGAUAACAACAAGAGAAGAUACCAUUUCAAAACAGGCAACAAACAUAAAAACAGACCUGGAGCCUGAAGCAUUCCGGCCAAAUCUUAGUGAUCCCAGUGAAUUACUCCAGCCAGAACAAAUAGAAAAGCUCACAAAAUCUCUUCCACCGCGGACUAUUGGAUAUCCAUGGACUCUUGCCUACAGUACUGCCAAGCAUGGCAUGAGUUUGAAGACUCUGUAUCGAACUAUGCUGGGAUUAGACACACCUGUGUUGUUGGUUAUCAAGGACAGUGAUGGACAGAUUUUUGGUGCACUAGCAUCUGAACCAUUUAAAGUGAGUGACGGAUUUUAUGGCACUGGGGAGACCUUUUUGUUCACUUUUUCUCCAGAUUUUGAGGUUUUCAAAUGGACAGGAGACAACAUGUUCUUCAUUAAAGGUGACAUGGACUCCCUUGCUUUUGGUGGAGGAGGUGGGGAGUUUGCUCUUUGGCUCGAUGGGGAUCUCUACCAUGGAAGAAGUCAUUCGUGUAAAACAUUUGGGAAUCAUACACUUUCUAAGAGAGAAGACUUCAUUAUUCAAGACAUAGAAAUUUGGGCUUUUGAAUGAGUAUUUAAAUAUUUCUACAGGGUAUUGUCCCAAACCUGAAAUUAAUCAGUGCAGCUCAAAGUCCUUAUGAGCAAUAUAAUGCACCUGUUUACCUUUUGUUUUUGUAAGUUUUCAGCAUGACCAUCAAGUUGUUAUUUUGCAGUAGCAGACUUUUUUUUUUUAUGCUUUCAUGUGUGUAAUAUACUGUCCUACUUUUUCUAAGAUGUAGACACUUUUACAAAAUACUGACUGUGGACUAAAAAAAGAAAUCAGUUACUUCGAACCUUGCAGCCUACAAACUUUAUCAUCCUUUUUACAGUUGCCUCCCACGUUUCCCACACACAUCUUUCUGUAAUCCUGCUAGGGGGCUGCUUCAUUGAGUAUAGUUUAUUAUUUUUGUAUUCAAAUUAUAUCUGUGAAUGAAGUUGCCCUCUGUGAACCUACAUAAGAGGAAAGCUGCGUGUGGGUAUUUAGCAGUAGUAUUACAGUGAUUUGUCUGGACCAAUGAUGGGUAAAUUUGUUUGGUGCCACAAACAGACAAGAUGCCUAGCAUUCCUUCUUAACACAUACCAGGACGCAUAUGAUCAAGUUAAGAUAUUCAGAGUCAACAGUGCCACUUGUUUUUUUUGUUCAUGUUUAGAAAAAAGUCAGUUAAACAAUGUGUUCUAGCUGCAUGCUGAUUGUAUUAAAGAGUGAUUUGCACAUGCUGUUAAUGAUCUGCAGGUUUGGGACAAUUACUGACAAUAUGGAGCUACAUGGCAAAGAUCUUUAAAAUAGCAGGGUAAUGUAAGAAUGUGGUAGUUCCACAAAGUUAAAAGGCUAAAGCAAGUAAAACUCAGACAACUUGUAACUAUAGUAGGGCAUUAAAAGUACAAAGAUUAUGAAACAUUUAUCUUUCUUCAACAUAGUCAGAUAUAUACUGUUAUACUGUUGUAGCCGUGUAGCACAUCAACUCCAAGAAUAUAGCUUAUUCCUGUCCAAAGAAAAAAUAGUUGUGAUGUUUUUUGAGUGGGUCUAUGUUGUAAAUUUACAGUUAGCACCAGCUCUGAUUAAGAUGAGACAAUGUACUAUAGAUAGACAAUAUUGUAAUUCAGUAGACUUGUGGAAUAUGCAAACUUACUGUCAUGUGACCUCAAAAAAAUGACAGGCUAGUAUACAGUUCCAGUAGCUCUUGUCCACUUUUGUAGGAAAAUUGAUAAGCCAUUGUGGCAAUAACAGCUCAACAAAACUGUUUGUUUCAAAGCUUUUAUUCUAUGUUCUGCAAAAAAGCAACAAAAAAAAAAUUGCUGUUAAGUGUGACAGUGACUGACUUUGUGCUGAAAUUUCAGCUAUUUCAGAUAAACAUUGUAUAUUAUCUUGUAAAUUAAUGUUUAAAGUAGUUUUGUUAUAGAAAAGUGUUGAUUGACGGGUUGCUUAUAGCACUUUAAAUUAUUCUAGAAAUGAAAUAAAAGCCAAAUGGGUUGGCUUAAGUAGAUGUAGUUGUAUAUUUCAAAAUAAUUAGAUCUUUGGGAAGUUUUAAAAACUUAUUUGAAGACAGCUUACUGCUAUGGUAAUGAGAAAGGGCAGAUGGUUCAUCUUAUAAUAUGCUAAUGCUCAAUAUGAAUAGAAAUACAGGGCUCUGUUUCCUGUCUCUAUGUAUAGCUCUCUAUCCUUAUUAGAACUUAGUACAAUGUGUAGACUAAAUGUUUACAAAAUAAGGAACUGUAAAUAAAUUAAAAUGGCUUUUCUUCCCUUUGGUCUUCCACAGCAGUAUUAUUGUCUUUGUGGAGUUAAGACUAAUUAUUGCAAAAAAUAAAUAAAUCCUGUAAUGGAUUUUAAGUACUCUAAGGUCACAGUGAUGUAUAGCAAAUAAAUCUAAAUAUAUGUAAAAAAUAAACUUGAGUUGGAGUUUAUUUAGAAGUUGGAGUUUACUUAGAGGCACAAAUGUAGGUUAUUGCUUUUAGUUCAAAAUCUUCAGCGAAUACAUAGUACUCAUUUACUCCUCCUUAAACUUCUUACUCUUUCGAUGCGUGAUAGGUAUUUAGAAAAUGCCUGGAGAAUUUCUGUAAGAGUGUGGAAGAAGAAGGAACAAAAAUAAAAGUGUAAGGGACUUGGGUUUUGUUUAAUUGAAAUUACGUACCUGCUUUGAUUUCCUUUCUCCUUCUAAUAACAUUGAAUGAUAAAUGGCUAGUAACAGCAUACUGAAGUGUCAUGCAGCUUUUAGAAUUUCUUUGGUCCUGCUUUGUCAAAGAUGUAUAUAAUUGGCAACAUACAUAUUUCUUUAAGAGUACUAAAAACAAUCAAAAUAAGAAACUACUUAAGUCUACCUUCCUGUCCCCCCUCCCCUCCACCAUACACACACCCUUCCUCUCUCCAUGUAAAGAACUACAACAAGUUGGGGUGUCAGUGCUUUCCAUAGGAAGUAGAAUGUAAAAAAUGGAAUACUAUAUUGUUUUGAUUUGAAAUGAAUAUACACCACCUAAUCAAGGUUCAUUCUGAACUCUUGAGCCUUCAAACUGCACACAGUAUCUGCCUUUUUUCCCUUUCUCUUCAGCUUGUGGACCAUGUUUGCUUCUUGAAUUCUAGCAGUGAAUUUCAGUAUAGAUACUUGGAUUAACUGUGGGAGUAGAUAGUAACUGUAGUAGUAAUUGUGCGUGUAAUAAACUUUCUUGUCAGUUAUUUAACAUCAAGGUAAAAUUCCUCCAGUGAAGAGUAUAUUCACGUCAACACAGAAAAAUUCCCAAAUGUUAAACAUUUGGGUAGAGAGGAGCAGUUGGUACUCUGGAGAGAAGAGAUGCUAUUCAGAAAAAGCUUCUCAAGCUGAAAGAAUGAGGUAACAUACCUCCUGAAGUUCUUUGAAGACAAAUGUGAAACGUGGCAGGGAUGGAAUAGCAGGCUGAGGACUGUUGAGAAGGGAGCUUUUGCAGAAAAGGACCAAGGUAUGGGAUGAGACUGGGACAAGUUGAAAAUGUCAGCCAGGAGAAAGCCAACUACAUACUGGGCUGCAGCAGAAAGAGCUUGAGGGAGGUAGUUUUCCCUACUCUUACUGUUAGUGAAGCUAUGUCCAGAGUAUUGUCUCCAAUUCUCAUGCACUUAGUGCAAGAGAGAUUGGCAAACCGGUGUAAGUCCAGAGGAGAGCAUCUGAAAUGAGUGGAAGACUGGAGCAUGCAUCCUACAAGAAGAAGCCAGGUUUGCCUAGCCUGGAAAGGAGAAAACUAAAGGAAGUUCUAAUUACUAUUCUCAACUAUGUAAUGGGGAUUUGAAGAGAAGGUUUUAUUGGACUUAGGAUCUUCUUGGAAGUGUGCAGUGAAAGAAGGAGAGGCAACAACCAUAAGCUGCAGCAGCAGAAAUUUUCACCUAGACAAAAGUAAUUUGUUUUGUUUUGUUCUUUCUCCCGACAGUGAGGACAAUAAAGCACUGCAACAGAUUUCCAAAGGAGCUGUAAAAUAUCCUUGGAGCUUUCCUAAUUUAACAGCAUAAGGUCUUAACUUGCAAUUAUUGAGCUAAAUAAUACUGUCAACGCAAGUACAGUCUAUGCUUCUGCAAAUAAGUGUGAGGUAAUACCGAUGGCUCUUCAGCUAAGAACCAGAGACCUUCUUUCCAUGCCUGGGAUGCUGCAGGCUCAUCUAUCAUGUGAAAUCUUAUUCAUAUAACAUACCUGAAAUAUUAGGAAAGGAAGACUUUCAGGGUUGCCCAACUUUGUGAAUUUUGUUUUGAAAGCCCAAUGGGAAGUGGUGAGAGUGAAAUACACUAUUGUCAG